UUAACAUUUGUUGGUGUACAAUUGAAAGCUUUGAACGCACAGACGUUUUUUGGUUUGGCAACUGAAAAUUUCAAACUAUCAAUGUGCUUAAGAAGGACACUCUGCCUUUGAAGCCAAUCAUUUUUGCAACCAAUGGCAGCGAGUCUCAACUUAGUUUUGCACAAACAGAGGAAUCAUGUGUCCAACACAAUAUAUGAUCCCACUGAGUGGUUGGGUGGUACCAGCACCACCGCCUACAGUAAACUGUUGUAUGUCGACUUGAGUGGCACGAAUUUUAACGAUAAACUUAACGGUAAUACAUUUGCAAAACUCUCAGCUGUGCAAGAACUUCGGCUGGUCAAUUGCAGUUUGAGCACAAUCGCCGAAAAAGUAUUCAAUGGCAUUUUGUCGACACUAAAAUCGCUCGAUUUGCGAUAUAACCAAUUACAAACGUUGGACGGUGAAUUUCUAGCCACUGCUAUUACUAAGGGAAUUAGUAUAGAGUUAGGGUGGAAUAUGUGGAGAUGCGAUUGUGACAAUAUGGAAAUAAUUGAAGGCAUGAAGCAAGUAGAAAAUAAUUUCGCAGCAGAUACAGUAUGUGCAACGCCAACAGAAUUGGCAGGCAUACAAAUCAGUUCGUCACAAAUAAGCUGUUAUAACAAAACACAACUUACAACAGUUAUAACAACCGUAAUGUCCAUAGCAGCGACUACAACUACAACUAAAACUUUUACCGACGAAACCACAUUAGCAACCACUGAGUCUACACCAACAACUUCUACGACUAUCACCGACAACUCAACCUUAAUGACUUCAGCUACAAUGACAGGAACAGAUGUAAGUCAAAGCAGUGAUUCAACUUUAGUCUCAAGAGUAGAUAAAACGAUUUCUGCAACAACACCCAAAGCUACUAACAUUAUAAGUACAUCAAUAGCAAGAACUAGUACAACUGUCACACCACCUGCAUCACUAAUGACCUCCACGAUUGAAGACGAGUCAACCAAAGAAAGAUUAGAACCCUUAUCGACAACUACACCACAACUAAUCGACACAACAAACGACAAUACAACCUUAAUAUUUUUUCUGGGAACAACAACAAUACCAAUUUACAAUACGGAAACAACAAAGGGAACUGAAAAUACAACGAUUAGUUUUCCCUAUACGACCGUGAUCUCUAGCAGUAUGGCUACAAUUAAACCACCAAUGAAGACUUGCUUUGAAAAUAAAGACCCAAAGUAUUUAACUUGCAGCAGUACCACAGCCGUUAAGAUUUGCGACUAUGACGUUACUUUCAAUGUGGUUCCGAUAUCAUCGCGAAGUGUACAACUGCAAAUCGGUAGCGGUGCACAUAGUUUACAAGUGAUCUAUUUUCAGGUGUUGAACAACAGUUUAAAUAAGGAGGUCGAGAUCGACAAUAAUAGCAAAAUCGUUGUCGAUAAUUUAGCGCCAAAUAGAAGUUAUACCUUCUGUCUCAUACCAAAGAAUCAAACGUGUACCUCACCAUUUAAUUGCCGUUCAGCGCACUUGCCACAAGCUCCAGCAUGGUUGAAGUAUAACGAUGUUGCGCUUUUUUGCACGAUCGCCAUACUCGUAACUAUUGUUUGCGCAAUUUUAGGGGUGGCAGCAAUAUAUUUUCUACUCCGUUGGCGGCCAACUUUAUUGUAUGGCAAUAAACGUUUGCAUCGUAUUGCUUCCACAACGCACAAAGUGCUACUAUUCCCGAAACCGAAUUGCACAUCUUUCAAAAGUGAGCUCGCAAAAAUGCAUUCAUCGAUUAGUGAUUCAUUGACACCGGAGAAUUAUUUGAAUAUUAACUCAUACGAUUAUAUGCAGUACUUCAAAGAUAUCGAGUUGAAGAAACAACGUAGAGUGGCAUACAUUUCCGUGAAUCAGCCUCCUUUACAUCGAGCCCCUGCAUUGCCACCAAACGUUGGUGGCGCUGCAACACAUUGUUACGAUCGUAUGAGCUACACCAGUGGUUAUAUACCAAUUCGACAGCCCUCAGAACAAUCGACAGUAGUAAUGGAAGACAUGCCACAACAGCAGCUUAUACGUAGGUGUGCAGAGACGAAGUUAACUCCAGAGCCAGAAUACGAAAGCUUGGAUUAUUAUCAAGAGCUUUAUUAAAAAGUGUUUGGGUCGAGUUUAAAUUUAAUAAAUAUUUAAAUAUUUUCUUGUUAAUUGAAAUUAUAUAAUAAUAAAGAUCAUUGCAACAGAUAAUGUGAAAGUAGCUGUGUCGCAUGCAUGCUUCAUUUAACCAUGCCUUCC